UCUUCUAAGUAGUACAAUGGGGCUGAAUGUCUGUUGCAGAAUGCACACACUAAUAUGCCAGGUUAUUUGGUUUCUAAGAAGUCAAUAAAAAUACUACAUUUAGGCUCAGUCCUUGGCUUGCUUUUUGCCUGUUUGCCUUUAAUGUCUUUGGUUAUAAAUCUGUUUGUUUCUGAUACUAAAAUAUAAUCUUCCAUAUUAGAUUGAAGCGUGGAAUCAACAAACAGAAAAAUGUUCCUGGCGGUGGAGUAUUUUCACACUAGCAGAUUUGGCAGUCUGCACCCUCCCUCGAUAAGAGCCUUGAAACAGCCGCCAGAGCUAAUUAAUGGCAGCGACAACUCAGAGAGGAGGGAGAAAGAGAGUGGAUCCUAACUUGGUCUUGGCAAAACUUUCCAUUGUGAGAAAGUAGCACGUCUCUGCAUUUAGAGGUGUGCAGCUUUGACUAUUUUCGCCCAGAUCACCUUGCUUGAUUGUUGUUUUGGGUGGGGAGGUAAGUGUAAGCAUGAGUGUACCUAGUUAUAGACACAGAUCCAGAGGCCAUCCCAGCAGUAAAAGGCUAAAGACAUAAAAAGCCAGAGAUGUCUUAAGACACUUUGUUCUCAUAUUCAGGAACAAUCUUCAAAAUCCUCCUUAAUGAGGUCAUAAAAGAAAAAAAUGGAACAAGUGUUCCUUGUGUAUCUCACUAGGGCAUGCAGUCAGGGUCACUUGCCACCAGUAUCCUAUUUAAAAAGGGAUUGGGGUAGUUCAAUCAAGCAUUGCAUUAAGAGAGAGACUUUGAUUAAUUCCUUCUCCUUUCUUUUGUGCCACAGAUAAUUUCAGUAAAUUUGUGAUACUUUCUGCUUAGCUAUCACUGGGGCUUAAAGUUCUGGAUGCGUCAUGCUGAGUAUUAGCAUUUAUCGGGCCUACUUGGUGAUGGUGAAGAGGAGUGUAUGCUACAGACAGCUGUCUAAUCUUUGACAAGCAGGGCUGGUCUUUAAACAUGACCAUUAUCUGAGAUCUUAGCGUAGGGAAGUUUCUGCUCUCAGGUUGGUGGAAAGAAAUCUUAGUGCGAAAGAAGGAAAGACUCAGCAGUAAGGAAGAUGGUGAUUUAUCAUGGCUAACUUUUUUAAAGGUACUGGAUCUGCCUCUCAGCUUGGGAAACCACUUCUGGCAGCUGAUGUGCCCAGGGUUGGAUACAGUUCCUCCUCCAAUCACAAGUACAUUCCCCGGAGAGCAGUGCUCUAUGUACCUGGAAAUGAUGAAAAGAAGAUAAAGAAGAUUCCCUCCUUGAAUGUAGAUUGUGCGGUGCUCGACUGUGAGGAUGGUGUUGCUAUGAACAAAAAGAAUGAAGCUCGAUCGAGAAUAGUAAAAACUCUUGAAGACUUUGAUCUGGGCCCAACUGAAAAGUGUGUGAGGGUCAACUCGGUGUCCAGCGGUCUGGCCGAAGAAGACCUGGAGAUCCUCCUGCAAUCCCGGGUCCUUCCUUCUAGCCUGAUGCUGCCAAAGGUCGAAGGUCCUGAAGAAAUCCAGUGGUUUUCAGACAAAUUUUCGUUCUACUUAAAAGGCCGAAAACUUGAACAACCUAUGAAUUUAAUCCCUUUUGUGGAAACUGCAAUGGGUUUGCUCAAUUUUAAGACCGUGUGUGAAGAAGCACUAAAGACCGGACCUCAAGUGGGUCUUUUUCUAGAUGCUGUUGUUUUUGGAGGAGAAGACUUUCGAGCCAGCAUAGGUGCAACAAGUGGUAAGGAAGCCCAAGAUAUUCUGUACGCCCGACAAAAGAUUAUUGUUAUAGCGAAGGCCUUCGGUCUGCAGGCCAUAGAUCUGGUGUACAUCGACUUUCGAGAUGGAGAGGGGCUCCUCAGGCAGUCCAGGGAAGGAGCCGCAAUGGGGUUUACCGGUAAGCAGGUGAUACACCCUAACCAAAUUGCCGUGGUUCAGGAACAGUUUUCUCCUUCCCCUGAAAAGAUUAAGUGGGCUGAAGAACUGAUCGCUGCCUUUAAAGAACAUCAACAAUUAGGAAAGGGAGCCUUUACUUUCCAAGGGAGUAUGAUCGACAUGCCAUUACUGAAGCAAGCCCAGAACAUUGUUACGCUUGCCACAUCCAUCAAGGAAAAAUGAUCUGUUAAAUGAAGCUCUCAUCAGGUGGGCUGAACAUAUACAGUGGGUUUCUUAAAGACAAACCAUAAUACUCAAGGCAACUUGUUAGUAUGCCAGAUUGGAACCUUUCUCCAUUUACAGUUCAUGGUAAUUACAAUUUUUUGUUGUUGUUAUCUCACUGGCCAGUUGUUCCUCUAAAAAUGAACUUUCUUCUUUUUGGUUCCAAGCUUAUGAUUUUAUUGCUCAUGAAUGUGUUGCAAAUAUGCACUUACGAUUUCACAGGGAGAUAAAAUCGUGGCGAGAGAUGGGCUGAAGGGAUGUUAGGUCUUUAAUGAAACAGAUCUUUUCCGAAUACGUAUGCUCCCUUCACAUUUCUCACGUUAGAUGUUUCCCCUGUCGUUCAUUUGUUCACUCAACACUGUAAAUAAUUUUAAGGCCAGUCUUAAAAAAAAAAAUAGUAACUACCCAAAGGGGUUGCGUUUAGCUCCUAGAAAUCUGAUAAAACAAGAGAUGGCAUAGAAAAGUUAAGUAUCGUUUUUGUUCAUACAGAUACCUUGUAAAAAUAAAUCUUCAAAACAUUACUCUUAACCUCCACCUCCCCAAAUGAAACACCCAUACAUAUGGGCUCUAGGUAAGGACUAUGAAAGCCUUCAUCCUGGGUGAAUGCUUUGGGUCAACAGUUACCAGCAAUUAAAAAAAAAUGUGCAGAAACACAAGACCAUCUAUUCUCUCCCUUAAUUUCCCCAUUUAACUGUUUGCCAUUGAGGCCAUUCCCCCCCUGCAAAUGUAUGGCUGGAACAGGCCCCCUCAGCAAUAAACUUGUAGCCUCUAAGAAGACACAAUGGGGCAGAUCUGGUGCAUAUGGUCCCCUGCGAGAUUUGCAUCACAUUAGAGAUGCUGCUGCAGGUCAUAUGGGUGGUGUGGUUAACGGGCUUAGUAAAGCUGUUUUGAAGAGGUUAACCCAGCUUGUAGUAAGGGUAAAUAAACAUAACAACCAGCCAUUCUUCCCUAUUCAGCAUGUGCUCUUAUAUUGAAGGCUAAAGGGUAUUGAAGCUGGGAAGGAUCAACUUGUGUUUGCCAGAGGACGCCAAUGAAAUUUGAAACACCAACAAUCAGAGAUUUUGUUUCUGCUCCUCAUUAAAUCAUGCGCUUUUGUGUUGAGA